AUGCCCGCAAAGAUCGCAGUCAUUUACUACUCCAUGUACGGGCAUAUCAAGCAGCUCGCGGAGAAGGCUGUCGAGGGCGUAAAGUCCGCCGGCGCAUCCGUGACGCUCUACCAGUUCCCUGAGACGCUGAACGAAGAGAUUCUGGGGAAGAUGCACGCUCCUCCCAAGGACGCCGCUGUGCCUAUCAUCACCCCCGCCGAUUUGAAGGAAUACGACGGCAUCAUCUUCGCUUUCCCGACCCGUUACGGCCGUGCGGUCGCACAGGCAUCCGCGUUCUUUGACGCUACUGGCCAACUCUGGGCUACGGGUGCCCUCGUGGGCAAAUUCGCGGCUACGAUCGUCUCCACUGCUACGCAGAACGGUGGUCAAGAGACGACCCAUCUUACCACGAUGCCCUUCUUCGCUCAUCAUGGCCUCAUCUACGUCCCGAUCGGUUAUGUCGACAAGAACCUGUUCAACCUUCAGGAGAUCCACGGCGGCUCCCCAUGGGGCGCAUCCACCAUGGCGAGCAGCGAUGGCUCUCGCCAACCAACCGAUCUCGAAAAGUCCGUCGCCGAGUACCAGGGCAAGUACUUUGCCGGAGUAGUGAACACCUACGUUGCAGGGAAGGCCGCCCAAUCCGCGGCUGCACCCGCACCUGCUGUCGCUGCCCUCGAAGUGCCCGCAUCGGCACAAAACCCCGCGGAAGUGCACAAAGAGGCAGGAGGGUACGACCUCGAGCUUACCACUGCCGCGCCUGCCGUCGCCGCCGCUCCCGCUCCGAAGUCGGAAGCCCCGGCCGCUACGAAGAACGAGGAUGGCCCACGCGAGAAGACAGGCUGGAGAAAGUACGUCUGCUGCUGA